AUGCUAUUAUUCUUUAUUAUUUAAUCAUAUUAAUCUUUUGAUAUGUUUAGGAACUUAUAAAAAGCUAUCCAAUCACUUAAUCAGUUAAAUGAUUCACAUCUUAUACUAAUCAAUAUCAUUCUACUUUUGCAGCAAAAAUUGAGUUUGAUAAUGCCUUUAAAAUAUCUGAAAGGAAAUUAAAAGGCAUUUAAUAAAUAAUUUCAGAUGGAGAUAUUAAAUUAAGCAAAAAAAUUAAAGUUAUAAGCAUUAAUCAAUAGAUCAAUUAUUAAUGUAGAACUAAUUAGAAUAAAACUUUAGUUAUGGUGA